AUUGCCGCUUCACUCGCUCUGCAGCUUUCGGAGGUGGUGGCCGUGUUUGGAAGCUGAGCUCGCCAGGCUGGACGACAAGAUGUUUCGCACCCCCAAGUGUUCACGGUGCCGGAACCAUGGCUAUCUGGUGCCAGUCAAGGGCCACGCGGGCAAGUGUCGCUGGAAGCAGUGCAUCUGUGAUAAGUGCUACCUGAUCACUGAGCGCCAGAAGAUCAUGGCUGCCCACAAGGUGCUCAAGACCCAAUCUGCCGAGGAGCAGGAGGUGACCACGGGCACCCAGGGGCCCCAGCUGCCUCCCGGGGCUCCGGUGGCAGCGGCGGCGGCCGCCUCCUCGAGCUCAAGCAUUUGCCCAUUGCCCAGGGUGGCUCCGGGAGGCUCCCGGCCAGGCCCCGUGGUCACAUGCUUCCUUGAGAGGCCUCCGCCGGUCCGCAGCCCGGGUCUGAGCGCCUUCCAGCGAGUCCCAGGCGGCCGCCCGGGUCCCAGCACCUUCCAGUCUGGCCUGGGGGUCCCCGGGGGACCGCACGACCGUCCCUCGGCGUGGCUGCCCCAGGGCAGCCCGCAGGUGCCCAGGCCCGAGCCCUAUUUUUUUUUUUUUUUUUUUUUUUUUUUUUUUUUUUUUCGACUGCCGUUCACCGACUACGGGCAUCCUCUGAGAUUCAGCUCUGAUCAUGUGGUGGGAACCGGGUACCCUGAGAGAGAGCCUUUCAACCAGUGCCCUGCCUGUGUCCCCGUGCCAUCCUGCCAGCCCUUCCCACUGGAUGGCCAGGAUGCAUCCUCAGCUGUGGGGAUCCCGCAGCAUAGAAGCUUCCGUCAUGUCUCCUGUAGCCCCUACCAUGGAGGCAGCUUGGUAUCAGAACCAGCUGGAGACCUCCAGCCAACCUACUGCUCGCCGCCGCCGCCGCCACCACCGCUCCCACCUCCACCAUCGCAGCCACAGCAGCCCCCGUUCCUCCCACGUAACUACCUCUCUGCUCUCCACUUCCUGCCGCCGCCACCGCCGCCACCUUCUCCACCGUCCUUCUCACUGACCAUCCUGUACAACACAGACACGGAGAAUACCAAUGACCAGGACGCAGAGGUGCCCAGCCAGUCCAGCCAGCACUCCUCCCAGGAGCACUCUUCCUAGGAGCAGCCCAGCUAAACUACAGGCCGCCUCAAAGGCCGCUUGGGCGGGGAGGGGCAUAUAUGGAAGCGAUUAUUUUUUUCCCUUGUGUUCAUGUUAUAUAGCGAGGAAGGAUAUUAAUAGGUACAAAAUGGCAGCUAAUUCUGAUUUCGAGGUGGGAGGAUGCAUGUGGUUUCCAAGGUUCUCUGGCUCCUGUGUGGAUGUUGAAGUGGUGUGCAAGGGGAGAGAGUGUCCCGGUGGAGCAGGACCUUUGAAGAGUGGGGCUGGUGAAACACAAGUUUAGGAAUGAAUUUAACCACCCUGGGCCAUGCCACUUAUGAAAUUCACCUCUACAGGUGGCCUCUGAUUUCCCCAGGCCUCACGCAGGAAAGAAGGCACCAUCCAUUUCAGCCUUCUGCUCGCUUUGCCUGAUCCCCAGGGCUGGGUACCACAGACACGCACAGCUGGUGUCAGGGACUGGGAUGUUGACAGCAGGUUCUGCAGCAUCCCGAACCUUUGCUCAGCCACUGCCUCCUGUCUUUAUCCAGCUAGUGAACAUCCUGACAACUGGGUCACUUCACUUCCCUGUGAAGUUUAAGCAAUGAUAGGCGUCCUUUCUCAUUGAAAAUUUUGGGUUUUAGCGUUGGAUGUUUUCAUGGUAGGGAACUCAUAGGCACUAAAGCAGUUCUCAGAGCAUAAAAUGGUAGCUUGUUCUCCGAGGACAGUUGAGCACUGAAUAAAGUUAGCAUUACAAAUCCUUG